UAAUUUCAGUGUGCCCUUGCCUGGUUGUAUUUUAUUGUGAAAGUCCCUACCGGAUGUUCAUUAUGUUCUAUGUGAAAACUUGACGGAGAUGCGCUCCUGUGGAGAAGCCAAACGCUUUUUUCCCCGCUUAUGAGACGCGCAAACAGCGAAACCUCUCUGCCUCCUCGCCUGCUGAGAGGAAAAGCAUCAUCACCUCACUUCUACACAGACUGAGAACCUGAAGCAGCUGAAGAGCACAUAAGUAAGAAAAGCGGCUUGGUGAACUCUCUAGACCCAAUUUAUAUCAGCAGCGAAGGCUGCAAACACAGAAGUGUAGUUUUAGCAUUUGGACCGUGAAAAUAGUCCAGGUAGUUUUUUAAAUUUCCCUUUAAAGCAACACCUUGUGCGUUAAUGUUUAAUCUGGAGGGAAAGUGGCGGAAAAGAGCAGAGACGCUCAGUUUUGGAUUUGCAUUUAAAACCCCCGGGAUGUAGUGUUUUGGGGUUUGUUUUCCUUUUUUUCUCGGACCUGUUGGGGGGAGAGGAUCUGGACUCCCAGGAUGAACUUCCCAAUCUAAGUCUGCGUACUUCUUGCGCUUUGAGGACAUUUUUAAAUCAUGGGUUGAAAGCGGAGAAGCUGUACUGCGGGGACACUCAACGUGGGAGGGAGCUGAUUUUUCUCUGUUAUGUAAUGAUUGACAGCGCCUGAUAAGAAAUUGGUAAAUCACAACCCGCACCACUUUCCCCGUCCCCUUCCCCUGUCUGUCCAAGAAUGUGCUUUUUACUCAUAUUUAUAAUUUAGUAAAAACUGAUACUAUUAAAGCUACUAAUGGUGUAACUUGAUGAUGUACUCUCUUUAAAUCUGUCAGUAAGCUUAAAAACCAGAAAUCCCUGUUAGUCAUUAGUUGCCCUUGUUUCUCCCUCCACCGGAUGAUCUCUUGUUGUUUCAUGUUUUAUCUGUAAAUUGUGAAUCAUGAUGUCUCAAACUCUUGACCUUCUCUAUGGUGGAGUCAAAAUGACUGCAACUUUAGGAAACCAGACUACCACCAGCGUCCUGAGCUUCAUUUUGAGCUUUGAACCAUCUUCAUGGUGUAACAUGCUAUAUUGCUCAUUCUUGCCCUCAUCCUAAGGGAUAUGUAGUCAUUCUGAAACUCUCAGUCCCUUCACCUUUGUGACUUUCUGUUUCUGAACACCAAAAGGUCAAUAGUUAAACUCCCACAGAGACUUUCUUGGGCCCUCCCUCCCCCCAACUCAUCAGGGCUGGUGGGGAGGGUGGAGGCGAAACUCCAGCUGGUGGUGUUCACACACACCAAGAGGAAGGCUCCCACCAUGGAGUCCAACCCGGAGAGCCCCAACCGGGCCGUGGAGUACCUACUGGAGCUCAACAACAUCAUCGAGAGCCAGGCCAAGCUCCUCGAGACGCAGCGCCGGCGCAUUGAGGAGCUGGAGGGCCAGCUGGACCGGGUCAGUCAGGAAAACCAGGACCUGAGGCUGGAGCGUGGCCCACGGGGGUCCGACACCCCAGAGCAGAACCACAACCACAGCCAGCCUCUGACCCUUCCGGUCCAAACAGGCGGGGGCUGCGGUGGGAGUGGUGGCACUUCUCCACCUCAGGUGACAUCUGGAUCAACCACAACUCCAGGGCCCAGCAGGGAGCGGAGGAGCCACACUAGACUGACGCGAGGCCUUUCCUGCGGUUCCUCCAACACGGACCGGGACCGGCUGGAACGCACUGACAGCACAGACACCAACACCAGCUCCAGCGCACGCAGGAAUGUGGAGGGGGAGUCCCAGUGUCCGGAGACAGUCGCUCACAAAGACAGCUCCUUCAGCCAGUCGCCUUAUCUCCACGGCUCAGAGCGAUACACUGACAGCGGCGGCGGCCCCUCGGCUCCCAGGGGCCCGGCCAGCGUGGCCAUCUCCAGCCCGGCCAGCCUGGCCUGGGCUCUGCGGAGCCGCCAUCAGCCGGCGAGCCUGGCCCUCCGCAAACAGGAAGAGGAGGAGAACAAGAGGUGCAAGGCCCUGUCUGACAGCUAUGAGCUCUCCACAGAUCUGCAGGAUAAGAAGGUGGAGAUGCUGGAGAGAAAGUACGGAGGCUCUUUUGUAAGUCGCAGAGCAGCCAAGACCAUUCAGACGGCCUUCAGACAAUAUCGCAUGAAUAAGAACUUUGAGCGACUCCGAAGCUCGGCCUCAGAGAGUCGCAUGACGCGGCGCAUCAUCCUGUCCAACAUGAGGCUGCAGUACUCCUUUGACGAGCGCCAGCCGCAGCAGCAGGCGCAGACGCAGACCAACUUCACCCACAGCGUGGCCAUUGGACCUCCUCACUCCCCGGAUCCGGACCACGCCCCCGACUACACCCAUCUGGAGGAUUCCUUCUCCAAGCAGGUCAAGUCCUUAGCCGACUCCAUAGAUGACGCCCUCACCUGCCGCGCGGGUCGCGAUGACUCCCAGGAGGGCAGCAGGGAGGGUGGACCAAUCAGUGAAGACUUUGGAGAGUGCAUGUGGAGUAGCAGCAGUAACCCGUCUUCCCAGAGAGGCUUGGGAGAAAGAGGCAGAGGAGCUGGGGGGGGACACAGCAUGCAUGGUGACAGCACUGCCACGUCUUACAGUGACGUCACUCUUUACAUGGACGAUGGGAUGCCAUCUUCUCCUCUGUCCCUCGACCGGGCACCCAGCAGCACAGAUACAGAGUACUGGGGCCCCAGCGGGGGUGUCGGAGGCCGUGAAGACAGCAGGGACACUGAAGGAGGGGGAAGCAGCAACAGCCGGCGCAGCACCCCAUGCACCGAGUGCAGAGAUUACCGACUAAGGGGGGCCCACCUGCCACUUCUCACCAUCGAGCCACCCAGUGACAGCUCAGUAGACAUGAGCGAUCGUUCAGACCGAGGCUCCCUGAGCAGACAGUUGGUGUAUGAGCAGGAACCCGGAGUGGGGUCAGGCUCCCCACAGGGAACCCUCAAACACACCCCCAACUCAGGCACCCACCCGUCCUCGGCGGCAGCUGCCCAGGGUCAGACCAGGCCGCCUGUCAGAUCUAUACCCACACAUAUCCCUCACCAGGUGGCAGCCCACCACCACCAUCACCACCAUCCCAUCCAUCACCAUCAGUACCCUGACACGCCCUCAUCCUCUUCCUCACCCCAGCAGCCCCCCACCACUCCGCUGUCAUCUUCCUCCUCGACAGCUCUACCGCCUGGCGCUCUGGAGCAGCCAUGCUGCUCCGACGGAGACAACGACUCCCUCAACUCCACCACCAACUCUAACGAGACAGUCAACUGCAGCUCAGGCUCCUCAUCUCAGGACAGCCUGCAGGAUCCUCUUCCUCCUCUGGGCAAGCAGACAUAUCAGAGGGAGAGCCGCCACAGCUGGGACUCUCCACCCUUCAACAGUGACGUGGUGCAGAGACGCCAGUACCGCAUUGGCCUCAAUCUCUUCAACAAGAAACCAGAAAAGGGCAUCCAGUACCUGAUAGAGAGAGGCUUUGUGUCGGACACUCCGGUUGGGAUUGCUCGCUUUCUUUUGGAAAGAAAGGGCCUCAGCCGGCAGAUGAUUGGCGAGUUUCUUGGAAACCGACAAAAACAGUUCAACAAAGACGUUUUGGACUGUGUGGUGGAUGAGAUGGAUUUCUCAGGUAUGGACAUCGAUGACGCUUUGAGGAAAUUCCAGGCGCAAAUUAAAGUUCAAGGGGAAGCCCAAAAGGUGGAGAGACUUAUAGAGGCAUUCAGUCAGAGGUACUGCGUGUGCAAUCCAACCCUGGUACGGCAGUUCCAGAACCCUGAUACCAUCUUCAUUUUGGCGUUUGCCAUAAUCCUCCUCAACACGGACAUGUACAGCCCCAACAUCAAAGCAGAGAGGAAGAUGAAACUAGAAGAUUUCAUCAAGAAUUUGAGAGGUGUGGACAAUGGUCAGGAUAUUCCCCGGGACCUGCUGGUUGGGAUUUACCAGCGAAUACAGAAAUGGGAGUUACGGACCAAUGAUGAUCACGUCUCACAGGUGCAAGCGGUGGAAAGGGUCAUUGUUGGCAAAAAGCCUGUGCUGUCCCUUCCCCACCGCCGGCUGGUGUGUUGCUGCCAGCUCUACGAGGUGCCUGACCCCAACAGACCUCAGAGGACAGGGGUUCACCAGCGAGAGGUCUUUCUCUUUAAUGACCUGCUGGUGGUAACCAAAAUCUUCCAAAAGAAGAAAACCUCAGUAACUUAUAGCUUCAGACAAUCUUUCCCUUUGGUUGACAUGCAAGUCCACAUGUUUCAGAACUCAUAUUACCCUCAUGGCAUCCGCCUGACCUCAUCCAGCCUCGGCGGAGAGAGAAAGGUUCUUAUCAUCUUUAUGGCACCCAGUCAGCAAGACCGCACCCGGUUUGUUAGCGACCUCAGGGAGAGUAUUGCUGAAGUCCAAGAGAUGGAGAAAUACAGAGUGGAGUCGGAACUGGAGAAACAGAAAGGUGUGAUGCGGCCCAGCUUGCUGACGGGCUCCGUGGUUGGCGGAGGCGUAGGUGUGAAGAGCGAUGUUGUGAAUGGCACCUUGGGAAGGACGAGUUUUGAUGACAACUGCUCAGUGGGUGAGGGUCUGAAGCGCACAGCGCUCAGCUCAUCUCUCAGGGACCUCUCGGACACAGGGAAACGUGGUCGCAGGAACAGUGUUGGUUCUCUGGACAGUACAAUGGAAGGCUCCAUCAUUAGCAGCCCGCAGCCUCACCAGCGCUAUCCAAUGCCGGGUGUGAUCCCUGGCUGCUACGCCACAGAAGAUUUCCGGCCUCACCGCCCCAUCCUGAGCCCCGGAUCGGGGGUGGGGGGUGGGCCGGGGCAGCAAAUUACCACUGCUGGGACAGGAGUUGGGGGAGUCUCCAGCAGUGCAGAGAGAGCAGGAGCGGGGGGCGGUCCUGGGGGGAGCAACAGCAGCAACAACAGCAGCUCCUUCCUGGGUUCACUCUUCGGCAGCAAACGCGCCAAACCACCAGGGCCCCUUAUUCCACCGGGGCCACCAUACCCCGCGCCUGUACCCCCACUGACUACUGGAGGAGCCCCUCCUCACUCCCCUUCAUCCCUAUGCCAGCUGGAGGGGGGGGCUUCCAAGAUUCAGGCACUGCACGCACAAUUCUGUCACGUGGGCACAAUACAGCCUCCGCCACCUUACUACCAUCACCAUCGCUUUCACGUCCAGUCCGCGCCCCCUCCUUUGCAAGGUGUGCCCCCUCAUACUUUGCAGAGAGGCCCACUACCCUGUCGUCCUCCGGUUGGGCCACCGCACGUCCAGCACCCGCAGCUGGCCCAUCUCUCCCAGCUCUCCCAGCAUGGGCUGCAGGGUCGCUACACCAACAUGGUGGUCGGAUGUCCCCCCCCUCUUUCUCCUCUCUCCCAACAUUCCCAGAACCAGCAGUUCGCCCUCUACCACGCGCAGCCCACACAAUCUGCCAGAGGGGCCGGCGGCCCUGGUUCCAAACCCCCGCUAACGUUGUCUCUUUCCCACCCCCACGCACACUCCCAAACCCACCCCAGGCACGCACAAACGCCGCACCCAACCAGUCAUUCCACCCAUCAAACACACUUUAUAUUCGGCACGUUGCCCCACAACCUGCCGUCCGCCUCCGUCAGUGCGCAUCACGCAGCCUCCGCCGCCCCGUAUCUGCCCCAGUACCCUCCUCUCUCCUCUAUCCCCCCUCCCCCACCACACUCCCCUUUACCCCCCCCUUUGUCCCCCCUUACCCCUCUUACACCUCUCUCCCCUCACCCCCCCCAGCACCCAGGGCAGCCUCCGCAGGGGCCGCAGGUGACCGGGGCUGGAUCGACAGGUACGGUGGGCAGCUCCAAAUCCAAACCUAUCAACCGGAUAAGCACCGUGGUGUGAGCCGGACAUGGAGCUCCAGAGGCCACCGCUUUGAGGACAGAUACGAGGAGGCGGGCAGGUCCCGGACCCGGAGCAAGUCCGCCCGGACCGAGAGCAACAGCAGCAGCGCUGGCGACAAGAGGAAACGCAGGCUGCUGCGUCUCUGCUACUUUCACCUUCGCUUCCCACAUAUGUAGGCGGAGCUAAGGUUUGUUCAAAGUAAAAAAAAUCUGAAACUGAAAUAAAAAUUUUAAUCUGAAAAGUAGAUUUUAACUUUCUUUUAAAUUGCUGAUCUUUAUUUUCAACUUCAAAAUUGUUUUUUUCCUGUUUCAAACCUUUUUUUCAGUUUUAAAUCUUUUUUAAGUGUUGAACUAUUUUUAGUUUCAAAACAUUUUUUCAGUUUCAAACGUUUUUCAGUCUUAAAUUUUUUUAUCUUUCUUUUUGUUCAAUAUUAAAUCUUUUUUUAUUUCAAAAAUCUUUUUCAAAUUUCUCACUUUUUAGCAAAUAUGUAUUAUUUUCAGAUUCAAAUCUUUUUUUAGUUUUUAUUUUUUUCUUCAAUCUUAAUGUUUGUCAGUUUCAUUUUUUUUAUUUCAAAAUAAUUUUCCGUUUCAAAUCUUUUUUUUUCAUUUCAAAAUAUUUCUCAGUAUCAGACUAUUUUUAAUUUCAAAGUAAUUUUUCAGUUCAAUUAAAUUUUUUUUUUUGUUUCAGUUUUUUCUUCUCAUUUGAACAAACUUGAUGGCUCUAAUUUAGCUCCAUAUGGAGCUAGCGAACACUGCUAGCGGUAAACGGUUUGUGCUCACAUACCUGAAAAAACUGCACACAGAAUAUAACAUGAGCACACGUUGCUACUUUUGCCACACACAAUCAAAAAAAAGAAGUCUAUAGCCAUAUAAUUUUAAAUGAAACUAAAUCUAUAUCUGAUUAUAAUGCUUAAGUUUUACUUGUUUGAAGUCAUGAGUAUGUAUGAGAAUAUUUCCAUGUACAGUACUAAGAUGUUAUAAUGUGACACUGGAAAACCAGAGUGUUCCUGUAUCCACUGGCUCACAGUGGGUUUGUAAUUAGAGACUGAACUACCGAAUGCAUUCCAGUUGCAGUUUUGCAUUGAAAAGAGAAGAAAGUUGCAAAAAAAAAAAAAAAAAAAAAAAAGAAGAAGAAGAAAUCUCCUUUGACUUUGCAAUAAUUUUCUUGGCUUCAUGAUGUCUCCAUCCCUUGUUGCUGGUUACACUUUGCCAUUUAGGCCAUUUCUUUGUUCUGAAGAAGACCUCAGAUAUUUGCUCUGUCUUAAACUUCUAAAACAAUCGCAGGUUUUUAACGCUGUUCUGCCUUCCUGGUCUUACAUCAGCUGGAGUCAUGGCACUUGCUAACACUUUCUGUGUGGGUUUGGAAAUCUAAUCAGUGAUACAAACAAUAAUAUAUUUUAAGUAUUUCUGAACCUUCUUGCUGUUUUAUUGAUAUUACGAUAUACCUGCUCUACCUGAGUAUAAUCAAUAUUGUUCGAUCAUUGUUUUGAUCAGUGAUUAAUUAUAUCAGCAAAUGUUUGUAAAGUAUGUGCACAUACAGAUUCUCUCAUUUUGCCAUAACCACUGGAGGGUAUUCUGAUAUGUGAAAUGUGGUUUUCUUUCACAUUAUCAUAUUUUUUCCUUUCUGUCUGUAAUGUUGAGUAUUAUUUAGUGUUAAAAUAAUUAAUUAAGUUUGGAUUCCUCCAAACAGAAUCAGCCUUUUAGAUGACAUGAUCAACAACAUUAAGAGAUAUUUAAGGUAAAUUUAUUUAAUGAGUUUCUCUACAUUGGGGUAAUGUCUAAAUAUAAGAAUGGAAGUGUAAUUAUCAAUAAACAACUGACAGAACAGGUCAGAGUUUUGCAAACAGUAAUGUCAAAUUAAUUUGGGGUUUUUAUUGAUUUAUUGUUCUAAUUUUGUGCCAAGGUGGAAUAAUUAUACAGCACAAUUUAGAUUACAAUAAGAAAAAAAAAGCUUGAAUAUGUUGUAGAUUUUAUCUGAUCCACACUGAGCAAAAAUUGGUACUACAGAUUAAAAUAAUGUUUGCUUGUUCCUUUGCAAGUUUCACUUUACGCAGAUGUUAAUUAAGCAGAUUUGGCCUGUUUUAUAAUUCUUGGCUUGUGUAGUAAAUUAAAGAAAUGCCAGCAUUAAUGACAUUUCUUAACAAUUUCUUCUUCUAAAACCCCCUCAAGAUUUCACCCUGGCAAUAGAAUAACUUCAAUAAAUCAUUAGAAGUGCGACAUUCAUAUUUUUGCUCUUCAUAAGCCUCUGACUAAGGCUGCGAUCACACUGCAGCCUGAAGUGACCCAAUUCCGAUUUAUUUAUUUGAGCCUUAAUGCGACCUGUAUCUGAGCUUUUCAUGAAAGUCUGAACAAGACAGAUUGGAUUUUUUUCGAAUGCCACCCCGCUGCUUGGAUAUCCGAUAAGUAUCCGAUUCUUGAACGUCAUUGAUACUCGACAAACGUCAUUAUUCUGCGCCCUGAUACGCUCAAGCGGGAAGAAAAACAACAACCGUGGCGGACCAUAAUGAAGAUUAAGUUGUUAAUAUGCUGCUCCGGUGGACAACAACUUCAAAAUCGUAAGCUAUGCUCCACCGUUAGCAUCCAUGUUUACUUCCGCAAACAGUGAGGCUUCUUUUUUAAGGCGGUUGGGAAAACACGGAGCACGCUCUCUACGUGUGACGUUAUUGCGCCGUCUACUGCGCAUGCGGGACACUUUCAGGUCGUUUGCAGUUCACGCUGAAGAUCACAUACAGGUCGCAUAUAUUUGGAAGUGUGAACGACCAUGGCAAAAAAAAAAAAAAAAAAAUCCGAUUUGACAAAAGAUCGGAAUUGGGUCACUUCAGGCUGCAGUGUGAACGUAGCCUAAAACUGUAUUUCCUUACGUCAGAUUUUGGUUAUUGUGUUUUUUCAGUGUUGAGAAAAGCACGCUUUGUGGUUUUGCACAUGUGAGGUCUUAAGCUAGAAAUGGCCUUCUCCUAAUCAUCCCUCUUCUGUCACUUUGAAAAUCAAAAUAUUAUAUUUUCUGAUGGCUCAGCAUGUCGCUGAAGGCUUCUUGUGUGAAAUCACUACAAUAGUUAAGAAUGUAAAAUAGCCUGCAGGUACAUACUUUAUUUUAGGUUUUUUUUUUUUUUAUUUAUUAAUUUUCUUGUGGGCUAUAUGUAAACGUUACCCCCUUUUUGUUACUGCAUUUUUCAAGAUAAAAUUGAGCACUGAUGUAGUUCAUCUUCAGUGCCAUUUAUUACCAAAAUUACAUAUUUUUUGAUCCAGAAGAGAAUAAAUCAUAGAGGACAAAAUUAAAUGUCAGUAAGAUGCUGAAACUUGAAGAAGAUUUUAACUUUUCAAAAGGGAUUUUAAGAAAUUUUUGAGAAUGUUAAAUGGAUUUGUUGGCUAUUCUUUUUAUUGUGUCCUUUUUAACUAUUCCUGCAUGAAUAUAUCUGCACUUAUUGCAUAGAUUGUACUAUAUAAACAUGAAUGUACAUAUUAAACUUUACACAGGCUUCUUAUAAUUAUGGGAUGAACUGCUCCCAUUCUGUAUUCAGGUGCGUGCAUGUGAGUCCACUAGGUAUGCACAUUUAAAGCAAAGAUGGGGACAGGAAAUGUUGUCCAAAAGGAUUAUUGACCUCUUUUCUUCUUUUCUUAUUGAUUCAUACUGCCAGAGCGAGAAUGAGUUACAGUGAUCAAACAUUCAAGGCCUGGGAAAUGUUAAUAUGUCAGUGCACUUAUUGAUAUUAUUUUUGACCAUGAUUUUCUUUUUUUGUGUAUGUAUUACAUGUAAUGGAAGAAUAGAGAACUGAGAUGUGAAUAUUUAUUGCUUCUGAUAAAUUAAAGUGUCCUUGCAGUGAAGUAAGAA